AUGGCUGAUUUAGUCAAAACCCAUGCUUGGAGAGACGGGGGCGGCGAAGAACAACGGUUUCAGGCGUUUGAGCAAGAAGGUUUUAUGAAUAAUCCAUCCAACGAUGAUGGCGAUGGGAUCAACGCCGUAGCUAAUCGUCUGAGCAAAUGGGUUGUUGCAGCUCUGUUUGGAUCGGUUCUGCUUCUACGACAUGAUGGUGCAGCCUUGUGGGCUGUCAUUGGCUCCGUUUCCAAUUCUGCGCUUUCCGUAGCUCUCAAGCGUAUCCUUAACCAGGAGAGACCUGUUGCAACACUGCGUUCUGAUCCUGGGAUGCCAUCUUCUCAUGCUCAAUCCAUUUCUUUCAUCUCUCUCUUCACCCUCUUCUCUGUUAUGGAGUGGCUUGGAACUAACGAACUCUCUUUGUUCCUUAGCGGCCUCAUCCUUGCAUUGGCUUCUUACUUUGUUUUUCAGUUUAUGUGCUACUCAACUGGUUCAAAAAUGACAGAUGACUUGAGAACAACAGACAAUUAG